AUGUCACAACUGAAUGAUGCAACAGAGAAUGGAAACUUCACAAGACUUAAUGAUAAUAUUCAACUGGACUUUGGGGAGGAUGAAGUUAAGACAACAUUCAAGAUGGAAAAGUAUGUCAUUUCAGGAACUGGCAGAAGUACGGUAUAUACAACAAUGGUGAGACAAAAGAAGCUUGGUGGAGUAGAUGGCCUAGCAUUUACCAUACAGUCAUUGGACCAACACCUAUUGCAUGGCAGAAAGGAGUGGGAGAUGCAGGCCUCUAGGAAAAGGAUUCUCCUAAAUAAAAAUCAAAUUCCCAUAUUCAAUAAAUUCUGGAACACUCUCACAUAGAAGCAAAUAUGCCAGACAAUGUGAAGUUGUCAAUUUAUUGCUCUUCAACACAAUGCAAUUUUGAGCAACUUGAUACACUCCAUUUUAGAGCAGCACAGAUAAUCUCUAGAACAAUUCAAAGCACUUGUAAGUCUAAAUUAUUCAGGUGUCUAAAUUGGACUGGAAAAC